CUUAAACCCCGUUUCCCGUGAAAACCCUAGAAACGAGCUUGUGGGGAAGCAUCAACAAUGGUGUGGUUCCAGUGCGAGGAUUGCGGCGAAAACCUAAAGAAGCCGAAGCUCCCCAACCAUUUCCGGAUCUGCUCAGCUUUCAAGCUUUCCUGCAUUGAUUGCGGGAAGGUGUUUGAUCAGCAGAGCGUGCAAAGCCACACUCAGUGCAUCUCCGAAGCGGAGAAGUAUGGUCCUAAAGAUCAAGGAAAAGCUUCACACAUCGCACAACCGAAACCUAAUAAAGGGAAGCAACAGCCAGAGGUUGAUGUCAAUGUUGGCUUGUCUUCACAUCCUCCUUGGUUUUGUAGUCUCUGCAACACGAACACUACGAGCAAGCAAACUUUACUACUUCAUGCAGAUGGCAAGAAACACAGAGCGAAAGCACGGGCUUUUCAUGCGGCGCAGAAUCAAACUAAACAAACUGAAGAUCCAAAUCCGAAGGAGAAUGGUGUAUCUAGUGACACUCAAAAAGUAGAAUCAGUUGAAGCGAAUGGUUCUGAAAAACCAGAUGUAUUAAAACAAAAGGAGCCAAUAUCUAAAGUCACUGAUAUGAUAGCCACAGAGGGAGGAAAACAGAGCUUAUCAAAGAGAAAGAGGGAUAGUACACUGGCUUAUGCUGGACAAACUCAAGGAGUAGCAGGAACCAAUGGAACAGUGACACAAGCAGAGCAUGAAGAAGACUCACAAUGUCAGCGAAAGAUUAAAAAACACACAAAUGGGAUGAAGUUUUGUGAGAAUAAGAUGGACCAACUUGAUCACAUGGAGGAGCCACCUAAUCAUAAAAUAAAAUGGAAGAAGCUUGUUAAAUCUACAUUGAAGACGAAUCCAGAUAGGGCUAUGAAAAUAAAAAAGCUACAAAAGCUUGUGAUCAAGGAACUUCAGGACUCUGGUGUAACGGUAGACAAGGCUCAGCUUCAGGAAAUGCUAAUGAACAAGAUAAAAUCAAGUUCUCAAUUUGUUAUUGAUGACAAGCGCAUUCGGUUGAUGGAGAGGACUGAGCAAUCAUGAAUGACGAUUAUAUUUUGAUGGUAAACUGCUACAAAGCCUUUUGAGGAAGAGCUGCAUCUUGAGACGUGGUUGAUAUAUAGGCCGAAUUAUCUUCUUUUUUUUCUGAUCAUCUCUUGUUAUAGGCCAUUCCGCAAGAUAUAUUGUUAACUCAAUUUUUCUUAAUACGCACUGAUUGCAGUUGGUCUGAUUUCAUUCAAACCAAUCUUGUAAUUCACCUGCCAUUCUUCGAUUUCUUUUUGUAAGAGAUCACAACCACUUGUAUUGUUGGUUGAGGACAACUACAUGACAUUCUUGAGUUUUGUGAUGUAAUGAAUGCAAGACAUUUUUGUCAAAGAGCUUCUCAGCAUGUACUUAUGAUUAUACAUAUUUAAUUUAUUUUUCCCAGU